CGCGCCUGCCGUAAAUACACUAGCGGUUGUCCACAAAGCUACCGGGAAAGGCUAAGCUAACUAAACCACAGAUAAGGAUUGUUUUGAAGAUUCGCAGAAGUCCUUGGAACCAUAAUGACAUACAGAAGAGACCGAAGUAUACGAGAGGUGUAUGAGGAACGUUUUCUGCCAGACAGACCCGGUCCGUACCCGCGGGCAGGUGGAGGUGUAGAGAGGAGAGGCCCCUUUGGCAGGCCAGAGGACGACUACAGCCGCGGCGGGUACGAAUACGAAGGAGGUCCGCGCUUUUACCCGAACGGAGGCGGCCCUCGAGGUUACCAUGAAGACCAGAGGGGCUACCAUGGCGAUGGCCAUCAUUUCCCCGGUGAACGCAGAGGCAUUCCCCCUUCAAGGAGGGAGGACUAUCCUUACAGAGUACCCAGGGAAGACCCACACCAAGGGCGGCCUAUGGAAUUUGGUGCUCGUGCGCCACCUCCUCACAACGUCCGAGGCCAGGGCAUUUAUCCGGCACCCAGAUCGCUCCCGGAGGGCGGAGAAGACACAUUAGUUCAGGCCAUCCUAAACCUGGACAGAGGGGAGGACAGAGACCACUACAGGAGGAAGACCGGUCCGUUCCCUCUCCUCAGAGAACGCUCCCCUGUUCGCCGGGACGUGGCUCGUUCUCCUCACAGUCGCUCCGGUUCUAGCGUGAGCAGCAGAGGCUACUCGCCAGACAGAGCCAAGAACCUGCCUUUUCCCGCACAGCAAGGCAAGAGUGCGGACGGUCCAGAGGGUCACGCAGGUGUUUCUGAGCACCCCUGGGGGGCGCUCUAUCCUCAGCAGAGUGGACAUGACACUAUGGACAAAAUUCCCGGCCUGUCAAGAGAAGGCUCCCCACACAGUGCAACAUCAGCCAAGGAGGAGAACCAUCCCCCAGAAGGUGAAAAAGAAGAGCCACCAGCGGCUCCUGUCGUGGAAGAAAGCCAAAAAUCUACAGACAACUUUCAAGAGCGACGAGCCCUGGCCAUCGCAACCAAAGCCCAGGAGAUAGAAAAGGUGUACCGUCAGGACUGUGAGACGUUUGGAAUGGUGGUGAAGAUGCUGGUGGCCAAAGAUCCAAACUUGGAGAAACAGCUGCAGGUUCCCCUGAGGGAGAACCUCGGGGAGAUCCGCGAGCGUUGCCUGGAGGACCUCAAACAUUUCAUCGACGAGCUGGACGAGGUGGUUCGGCAGCAAGAGCCCUCGGCUUGCGAUUCAACCACCGCUUCGACGUCCCUGACGGGUCAUAAACUUUCAAAGACAGGCGUCAAUCACAGCUCAUCCUACUGACACAUUUGGCCUGAUCUGCGUUAUUAAUGUGAGACUGGUAGGAUUAACCGCUCGGGUUUUGGACUGCCGAGCUGAGCCCCUUAAACAGCACAGCAGUAAUGGACAGAGGAUGCGUCGUGUGGAGGAAUGAACAGUGUUAUUUUUGAACAGAUCAUUUUUACCUUAAAGUUCUCUGUUGUUUGAAAUUGUUAAUUAUAAAAAUAUUCCUCAAAGGUUUUUUGUUUUUUUUUUUCUGUCAAAUGUUGUCCGAAAAAAGCAUAUUUUCUUUAUUUAAAAUGACGCUAGUCUGACAUCGUUGUGGAAAUGGUUCACGUGGGGGUUCAUUAUUUAACCUUUUCUGAUGAAGACACAUUGUUGAGAACUGACUGUCAGUUCUCCAGCAUGAUCACACAUUUUGUAGUAUUUCCACAAUCUGUAAAUUCUUAUUUUGUAGCAGUCAGAUAUAUGACUCGGUGCUGCUAAAUUUACACCAGUUUGGCGUUCUUGUAUAAAUUUGUACUGUCUAGAAAUGCCA